GGCGUUGUUUUGGGCUUUCCCUGGGAGGUGGAGUAUCGGUUAACCCCUUGGUAUCCGGGCGGCCUGGAGCCUUUGCGGGCCCGGAAUCCACGAGUUGGGGCUCCCCAGCCACACCCCUCGUAGGAUUUAAAGGGGAAGGUGGGGUCGGACGGGCCGAGGCCCGAGCCGAGGGAGCGGGCAUGAGACGCUGCCCGUGCCGGGGGAGCCUGAGCGAGGCGGAGGCCGACGCAUUGCCCGCCGGGGCCCGCAUGGGGUUGGAGGCGCUGAGGGGCGGGCGGCGGCGACAACCGGGACUGCAGCGACCUGGGCCCGGAGCGGGUGGCCCGACGGGACGGCCAGUGGGGGGCGGGCCUCAGGCCUGGACUGAGGGGUCCAGCCUGCACUCUGAGGCGGAGAGGACCGACUUCAGGCCUGUGCGGUGUCGGGACAGUCCGCAGGCAGAAUCCUGUGGAGACCGACACGCGGUGUGCGAAGCAGCUGGCCUAGGAGCAGAGUCGGAGAAACCCAUCCAACAUAAGGAGCUAGACGGGUCCAGCCUCCAGACGCAUCCAGAAAGGAACAGCCCCUGGGCAGAGAUGGAGAUGGCCGGUUCCUGUACAGAUGGCUUUCGAACUGAUCCUCAUAGAUCCGAUCUCCAGUCUCAACCAAAGAGAGGCAGCCUCUGUACCCAACCAGGGUUUGAUGAGUCCUGGACCGGACUGGAAAGACUCGAGCGGUGGCAGACUCUGCCAGAGAGGGACAAGCCCUGGGUUGAUCACCUCCGGACGCAUCAUAGCACGUCCAAACUCCAAACUCACCCAGACGGAGUCUGCCCCUCAUCUGAACCAAGGUCUGAUGGCCCCUGCAGAGAAUCAUCCUCAGAUGGUUCCAGUACACCACAUGACCCCGACGGCUCCUGGACAGAGUCCCAAACUCAUGGCUCCUUUAUACGACAGAGUACUCAGACAGCCUGGAAACAACCUGGAAGGGAUGAUUUUUCAACACAAGAAACUGAUGGGGCCUGGGUUCAAUCUGGCAUUGAUGGUCCCUGGACUGACAGCGUUUUGGGGGAGUCCAAUGGAGGUGAUCUAUUAGAGGAACCAGAGCCGGGGGAGUUGGUGGCUAACUUGUGCUCCCACCUGGAAUGCAGCUCCCCAUGUCCUGUGCCCCGCCUUAUCGUCACCCCUGAGACUCCUGAGCCUGAGGCCCAACCCGUGGGACCCCCAUCCCGGAUUGAAGGGGGCACUGGCGGCUUCUCCUCUGCCUCCUCUUUUGAUGAAUCUGAGGAUGACUUGGUGGCUGGGGGCGGAGGUACCAGUGAUUCGGAGGACAGAUCUGGAAGCAAACCCUGGAAGAAGCUGAAGACGGUUCUGAAAUACUCGCCCUUCAUGGUCUCCUUCCAUAAGCACCACUACCCUUGGGUCCAGCUUUCCGGACAUGCUGGGAACUUCCAGGCCGGUGAGGAUGGUCGGAUUCUGAAACGUUUCUGUCAGUGUGAGCAGCGCAGCCUGGAACAGCUGAUGGGAGACCCCCUGCGGCCUUUUGUGCCUGCUUAUUAUGGCUUGGUGCAUCGGGAGGGGCAGGCCUUCAAUCAGAUGGAAGAUCUUCUGGCAGACUUUGAGGGCCCCUCUAUCAUGGACUGCAAGAUGGGCAGCAGGACCUACCUGGAAGAGGAGCUGGUGAAGGCACGAGAGCGGCCCAGGCCCCGGAAAGAUAUGUAUGAGAAGAUGAUGGCAGUGGACCCUGCGGCCCCCACUCCUGAGGAGCAUGCUCAGGGUGCAGUCACCAAGCCCCGAUAUAUGCAGUGGAGGGAGACCCUGAGCUCAACUUCCACCCUCGGCUUCCGGAUAGAAGGCAUCAAGAAGGCUGAUGGGACCUGCAACAGCAACUUCAAGAAGACACAAGCACUGGAGCAGGUGACGAAGGUGCUGGAAGACUUUGUAGACGGAGACCUUGGACUCCUGAGAAAGUACGUGGCGCGACUGGAGGACCUCCGCAAGGCUCUGGAGAACUCUCCCUUCUUCAAGACCCACGAGGUGGUGGGCAGCUCCCUUCUCUUUGUGCACGACCACACCGGCCUGGCCAAGGUCUGGAUGAUUGACUUCGGCAAGACAGUGACCCUGCCUGACCACCAAACGCUCAGUCACAGGCUGCCCUGGGCCGAGGGCAACCGUGAAGAUGGCUACCUCUGGGGUUUGGACAAUUUGAUCCACCUCCUUCAGGGGCUGGCCCAGAGCUGAUGUCAUCUGCUGCUGCUAGGCUCACUUGCAAGAUAGCAUGUGUCUGGCUGGAGGAGCUCUAAGAUGUUGUCGGGCUUGAGGCUGCUGAUGAAGAUGAGGUAUUUCAAGGUGUCACCAGAUCAGCGUGGUCUCAGGAGCUUUGGGGGACCUGGAAACACUGGACUCCCUUACAAGUGGGGAACAAGACAGGUAGAGGCAUAGAAAGAAUUAGCAGAACAUGAAUGGCGUUUCCUGAUCAGCUAGGAAGCUUCCGGGGGAGUACCAGGGGCCACGGCUAGAACCGCGAACCCUCCCUGAGCUGGCUUUCUGAGCGCAGAGCCUCAACAAGUUAGCUUCUGUUCCCCAGAGGAUCGGGCAUAUUUGUGAAGACCUGCAGGAGCUACUUCCACCUAGGGCAGUGACAGCCUCACCUGGAGGUCAUUCAAGUGCUGAGAGGAGGGUGUGACGUGGGACACCUGCUGAUGCUGCCCUAGGCCUGAUGCUACAGUGUGGGAACACAGCUCAUCCUCCUCCGUGCUGAGGCUUGGAAGGAUCCCUUGUUCCUCUGUGAACUCUUCAGGCUGCUGCAGAGCCAGACCACAGCCAUGUCCGCCUGUGCCAGCACUGUAACCAUCUUCCUUUCUUGGUGCACUAGCUCUAGCCUCAGGGCCUCUUCCUUCUGCCCUAGACCCCGGGGCUCUCCAGUGAGGCAGGGGAGGAGGUUUCUCCUUGGGAACUAGAGUUGCCUUGCUUCACCGUGUAAGUGUCCCUACCCACACACAGAAUGAACUGCCAGGUUGCCCAGAAGCACAAGUGAGUGGGGCUUCAGGCCCUUGCCAUGGGCUACCUGGUUCUAACCAAAGACUGGAGUACUCUGGAACAGGGCAGAAGCCACUCUAUCUCUAUGCUGCAGCACCUCUCCAGAACCUUGGCUUCCUGGCCCACACGGAUGGGCUUGGUGAGGACAGGAACCUACCUCUUCCCUAAGGCCUAACAUCUUCCAGGCCAACAUGUCUUCCUUUUCUACUGACUUUAUAUAUAUUUAUAAACGAGAUAGUUAGCUGGGGUGGUGUCAGUGAAUCCAGGCAAAAUGACUUUAUUGGGCCUCCCGCCCACAAUGGCACCCCAAUAAACAGGACAAAGUCAA